AUGCCUCCUUCAUCCGCUAUUCAACAAUCUCUAUCGUCACAGCUGCCCACUUAUGCGUCGAGACUUCCAGCAACACUCAUCAAUCUCUGUGAAUCGCUGCUUGCACGGUCUCGCCAACGAGCUGCGAACUUGAAGCCCGACGAAGAGAUUGCCCGCGCAUACGCAUGUUGCGAGAUCGCUUGUAAGAGGCUUCGAGCCCAAUGUCGCUUGCCGGCCGUCAAGACCGGCGGCGCACCGUGCAAGCCAGCGGUGUACAAGAAACUGUUGAUCUUUCUGGAACGGGUUCUGGACGAUGAAGGAACUGCGGCCACAACAUCUACCACGCCGCAAAAGUCGGCUUCCAAGAAAAGAACCGCCAACGGAAAUAUCAAGCCAGUGGUCGAAAGUCCAAAAAAGACGCCGACAAGGAAAUCCAUGGCAAAUACGUUCGUGGGCAAGAUAAAAUCCAGCCAUGCACCAGGAGCACAAUCACAUGGCGAGGCGCCCAAAUUUACUAUGCCUUCAAUACGCACGCUAUGCAAAACCUUCUCCACGCCAUUACUCGCUCCGCAUGUCUACACAGGGACAUGCGUGGUGCUGAAACUGGCGGGGCUUUGGCCACGAGACGAACAGGACCAAGAAACAGGUGAAGAGCGGUGGAAAGACAACCCCCGGGGCUCGUCAUUCGACGAAGUCGUCACGGGACUUCUCAUCGCCCUAUAUCUCAUGACAUUGACGAAGAUGCAAAGCGCCAAGAUGACCACGACGGUGUACAAAGCUACGUGCAGCAGAUCGGCGGAAGUGCUGGAAUACAAACCCGGCGCGCCCGGCGUGGAAGAAUGGAUCCGAACCAUAAAUCGCGACGGAUACUGUCGCGGCCAGGACUGGUGGGGCAGCGUGCCGGAUUCUGUCUUUGACUUUGACCCGAACAACGACAGGGAUCUCUACGAGUUCGAUCACGAUGACGGCGACGACGAGCUGUUGGCAGGUCGAAGCAGCAGAAGACGCCUGCCACCGUCCGCGAGGUCGAAACGAAGAGAGGAGGAGAAGGAGGAGCAGGAUGAUCCAGAAGGCGUGCUCCUCCCUGGGCUCGCGACCAUGAUGCAGGACGCAUAUGACCUACUGAGCGAAGACCGCCAACACGACUUUGCCGUGUGGAAAACGGCCUUUCUACGACGGCUAGACAAACUUGAUAAGCAACCGCCUCGACCUAGCAGCAGUAAAGCUGUUGCCGCGAAAUGA